AUUGUUCUUGCCAUCAAAAUAUUGGUAUAACAAGUCCAGAUACCGUCGGCGAAGCACCAGAGCGUCGGGCGCUCUUUCGUCGUGUUCUCGCGUCACAUUGUCAUUCUCUCGACGCCUGCAAUAACUCUCCUCCACCGUCGGCGAGCACCACGACAGCACCGAGCGGCGACAGCGAGUGUAGUUAGCACCACCAGCAUCGAGUGCAGGUGAUAAACAACCAACGCCGAAAAGCAAACAAGCCGAUAGGAAAAUUUUUCAAUGGAGUCUGCCGGCAUCUCGUGAAAACCCAGAAAUAAAAAGCAUUUCGGGAAAAUUAGUGAAUUGCCUCCGUACGCUACUAACAGGCGUUUGUGUUUGGACGAUUGUCACGAUAAGGAGCUCAUAUCAAAACGUUUCAACGCGAAUCGUUUUUGUGUAAUAAUAUAAUUACGAACAUAUUGAAAUCCGUUAAGUGUAAACAUGUGUUUUAGUCGGUUGUGAUAACGUGCGCGCGUUGUAUCGACACAACUGAAAUUAAUCUGCAAGCUAAACUAACAUUUUCGUGCAUUACGAACUAAAUAAAUACUCAAUGUUAAUGAUGGAUGACUCGGUUCGCCUUUUGGGCGCUAACGCUGACGAUUUACUCUUGGACGCAACACGCUACCCGCAUCCUGAAAGCCCGUUGGAUCUUCGCGGCACCUCUGAGACACACGACACCAAAUCCGAGACAGAUGAAGAAGCAUACAGCAGUAAGUCAAAGAAAUCAAGUCCACAAGUCAUCAAACCGCCAUAUUCAUACAUCGCAUUGAUAACAAUGGCGAUCCUACAGUCUCCGCACAAGAAGCUCACAUUAAGCGGCAUCUGUGAGUUCAUCAUGUCACGUUUUCAAUAUUACCGAGAUAAAUUCCCCGCGUGGCAAAACUCAAUCAGGCACAAUCUAUCACUGAAUGAUUGUUUUAUUAAAAUCCCUCGUGAGCCUGGUAAUCCUGGAAAAGGCAACUACUGGACUCUAGAUCCUCUUGCUGAAGAUAUGUUCGACAAUGGAAGUUUUCUCAGGCGUCGGAAGCGUUAUAAACGUCCAUCGCCGAAUUUAAUGUAUAGAGAACACCAUGCAAUGGUCGCAUCACUACUCAACCAGCAAGAAAAUUAUCAACAUGGACUUUUUGGUCAUCCGAGCAUGCCACAUCCAUACGCAUAUUUACCAACAUUAGCUAACAACGCUUUGCCGUCGCUUAUGCCACCAAUGGAUCUCUCUCGAUUGGGUCUGGGACAUCUUGGACACAUCAUCAGCCAGCAGCCGACGCUCUGUAAACCUGUGCCCGUACAACCAUCACUAAACUCCAACUCAGAUCGUGAUAGUGAUGACUAUCUACCAAACACUGAACGGGAGAUACACAAGAAAACAAACGGUUUCUCAAUUGAUUCAAUCAUCGGCAGUACGACAAGCAGUAAGCAAAAAAUUGAACCGUCGGAUGAAGAUUGCAGUCGGUUACUGGCGGCACGUGCGAGCGGUGCAUUACAUAAUCAACUAUCAGCGUUUUCUCCACUUUCAAACUCCGAGGAUUGGACGAGGUGAAGAAUGUAUUAAUCGAAAUGCAGCUGAAUUUGUCUUAGACAUUGAGAGUCAUAACAAAAUAUUCGAAAUACAGAAUUAAGUAAAUUAUUAAUGAUAAGUCCACGUAAAUAUAAUAAAAAACAAGUCACCGAUUCCGUUGCAAUAUUAGAGCUGAUAGCUGAUACAUUAACAAUUUCGCUACAAGUAGAACAAGUAGAAGACGUAGAUAAACGUUAUAAGCAAAUCAAACUGUAAUAAUAUUUUGGUAUAUCAUGUCGAUAAUUAUAAUAACAUAUAUAAAUGAUCUUAGCUCUAAAAGUGUAGAAAAUGUAUAGUAAAUGUUCAUUUUGAAUGCAAUAUUUCGUAUUCAAAUGGAAAUGCCUCAUUUUCAAGGCGAUAUAUGUACCGUGUACAAUCAUGCAAUGUAAUCGUGUUUUUGUUGUAAUUUUAUUUUAUGCUUUUCAUCACUGAACAAACAUUAUUACAUUUGUAGUUUAAAUAUGAUAUAUAUGAUCUUAAUAGCGGUUGUAAAACAUAUGACAUAAAUCAACAUGCACGACACAAGCAUUUGUAACAUUUAACACUAAUUUCGUUUUUGUGUUUCUGUGAACGUACUGAUUAGAUACCUGAAAUCUCUCGAGAAAUGAAACUGACGCUUCGAGCACUUAAAAAUUAAAUGUAAUCCCAUUCAUAAAUGAUUACCUAAAUUGUUGCAUGUGGAUGUGGCACGCAUUGCAACAUUGUUCAACAUGUGCAUAUGUAAUACUCAGUAUUUAUUUAAUUCGCUUGUAGGUAUGAAUUUUUUUUCAAACAGCAGGUUGGAUUGCUGUAGGUUUUAUUAUUGUUUGUUGUCAAAUAAUUAAUUAACGCAUUUGUAAUGAUGAUGACACGUUUAAUUUUGUGUAUAAAAUGAAAAUUAUUAAUUAUAGCGAUAGUGUAAAGUCUAAUAAAUUAUUAAUUGUGCAAUUAAAUUAAUUAAUCCUAAUAAAUUCAUUUAUUCGAACAA